CAGGUGUACUUAACAAGACUGAAACAGCCCCACCAUCGCAGAUGGGUCACUUGAACGAGGAUACGUUGUUUGACUCAGUUCAACCAAGCUGGCCUCUGGCCUGGGCAUUGUUCAACCAAAAACAAGAGCAUCAUAAGACCCCAGUUUGUUGCUCCUUUCAUCUUGUUGUGUUGACUUGAAUGUUCAACUUAGGAUUUCAAAAUUCUGAGACUCUGAAGUACUCAUGUGCUUCAUACUCUCGUCUCAUGCGCCUUCUAAUACAUGGGUGUGAAUGCAGUCUCUCUACUAAACCGUCUUCUUCAGAAUAGCACAACUACCCAGAGGCCCAAACCUCUCCCCGCCAACGCAAAAUCCAUAACCAACACAAUUUUUCGUUACCUCAAAUCGCACCGCCUCAAAGAAGCUGUCUCAGUCCUCUUUUCUUCUCCAACACCGGUCCCUCCUUUCAUUUACGCCCGUCUGUUCCAAAUCUGCUCGUCCAAGCUUGCCAUUGUCGAAGCCCGGAAGGUUGAGUCCCAUCUCGUCACGUUUUACUCCACCCCACCAAUUUUUCUUCUCAACCGCGCAAUUGAGACUUAUGGUAAAUGCGGCUGUUUGGAGGAUGCCAGGGAACUGUUCGAAGAAAUGCCUCGAAGAGAUGGUGGUUCCUGGAAUGCUAUGAUCACUGCAUACUCACAAGGUGGGUAUGCUGAGAAGGCGCUGUCAUUGUUCAAAUGUAUGAAUAAGUCUGGAGUUUUAGCUAAUGAGAUUACUUUUGCUAGUGUUCUUGGAUCAUGUGCUGCGGUUUUAGCUCUAUUUCUUACGAGGCAAGUGCACGGGCUUGUCAUAAAAUAUGGGCUUUGUUCGAAUGUUAUUUUAGCGAGUUCUAUUGUUGAUGUGUAUGGGAAAUGCCAGGUUAUUAGUGAAGCUCGUAAAAUGUUUGAUGAGAUACCCAACCCAAAUUCUGUUUCUUGGAAUGUGAUUGUCAGAAGGUAUCUUGAGAUGGGUGAUGGAAAGGAGGCAGUAGUUAUGUUUUUCAAGAUGAUUGGCUCAAAUGUAAUGCAUUUAAAUUUUACUUUCUCCAAUGCUCUUAUUGCUUGUUCUAGUAUUUCUGCACUUAAGGAGGGGCACCAGAUCCAUGGUGUUGCAGUUAAGAUUGGUUUCGAAGCAGACGAAGUAGUUACGAACUCACUCAUUGAUAUGUAUGUAAAAUGUGGGGUUUUGGAGGAUGCUCAACGACAUUUUGAUCAGCCAGAAUCAAAAAACAUAAUUUCUUGGACUUCACUUGUGUCGGGGUAUGCAAUGGAUGGAAGAACUGGACAGGCACGGGCACUCUUCAAUGAGAUGCCUGAAAGGACUGUGGUCUCAUGGAAUGCAAUGUUGGCAGGGUAUGUGAGGCAUCUACUGUGGGAGGAAGCACUGGAUUUUGUUCUCUGGAUGCGCAGAAUGACCAAAGACAUUGACCAUGUAACCCUCAGUUUGAUCCUCAACAUUUGUGCAGGACUGUCAGAUGUUGAAUUAGGGAAACAAGUACAUGGUUUUGUUUACAGACAUGGAUUCUUCUCUAAUCUUCUUGUGGGCAAUGCCCUUCUUGAUAUGUAUGGUAAGUGUAAGCACUUGGAUAGUUCCAGGAUUUGGUUCUCAGAGAUGUGUCAUUUGCGUGAUAGAGUUUCAUGGAAUGCUUUGCUCACUAGUUAUGUUCAACAUGAGCUGAGUGAAGAAGCUAUGAGAAUGUUCUGGGAUAUGCAAUGGGAGACAACACCAAACAAGUUCACAUUUGGAACCCUCUUGGCAGCUUGUGCCAACAUCUUUGCACUUGACCAAGGAAAACAAAUCCAUGGGUACAUGAUUAGAAAAGGUUGUGAGAUAGACAUUGUUGUUAGAGGAGCAUUGGUUGAUAUGUACUCCAAAUGCCGGUGUCAUGAGUAUGCAGUCAAAGUAUUUAAAGAGGAAGCCCCAAGAGAUCUGAUCCUCUGGAACUCCAUGAUUUUGGGUUGCGCUCACAAUGGCAGGGGUGGGGAGGCUCUUGACUUGUUUCACUCAAUGGAGGAGGGAGUUAGAGCAGACCAUGUCACCUUUCAAGGGAUUUUGCUUGCUUGUAUUGGCGAGGGGUAUGUGGACUUGGGGAAGCAGUAUUUCAAUUCAAUGAGCAACAAAUAUUGCAUCAUACCUCGCUUAGAACAUUAUGAGUGCAUGAUUGAGCUAUUCGGUAGGUAUGGGUAUAUAGAUGAUCUUGAGAAUUUCGUUCAGAGUAUGCCAUUUGAGCCAACAGAACAAAUGUUGAUCAAAGUUUUUGAUGCUUGUAGAGAACACAAGCAUUUGAGGUUGGGAGAAUGGGCUGAAAAACAUCUUAAUGAAUUGAACCCUAUAACUCCAUAUAGGUUUGAGGUUCUAUCUAGGCCUAGUUUGGUUACAUUGUGAUGAUUAAAGUGCAGAUGCAAAACAAACUUAGUAAGCACUUAUGUCUAUGAUAACACUGAUUCUGAUGGGAUUUUCCUCUAUGCAAGACUGCAAGGAGAUAGAAUUGGGAUCUGGAUUCAGUGUUCAGAAAAGUAUGCAUGGACAGACAGCCAGGUUCGUGGUUCUAGAUAGGGACUGAAAAAUCAAUAAUGCCAUCCAAUUAAGACAUUGGAUGUCAAGAUCUCUUGUAUAUGCUGCUGACUAGUCCAACUCUUUUACCAAUAAACUGUCCUUGCAAUGUCUGUAUUGGUUAUUGAAUGGACAGCUUAGAUUGUUCAGAUUGUUGAAGGUGGAAAACCUGCUUUAUAGAAUUGAUGAUAACUUGAAAAUUAAUCUGAGACCAGCAAACUGAGACUGUAUACCCUAAUGAAGAAAACUCCUGUCAAGAGAAUGGGUCCAUUGGAACAUUUUAUUUUAUUUCAUCAUGGGGUUCAAUAUUCUUAGCAAUGAUAAAACUGGGCAUGAAGAGGAGUGAGUAUAUCCUUCUCCCAGAUUGGAACAACUUGGAAGGGAAAUACUUCUUCUUUUGGAGUGGCAUUGUUAUUAGCUUGGACCUAGAGAGGAAAAUGUACUAUGGUCCUUUCUAUGUAUUAAUAAAUUGUUUAAUCCUGAAAUACUUCUUUGAUUAAAGUUAAAGUUUACUGUAAAAAAGCCAAGAAAGAGGAAAUUUUGAGGAUUUAUUUAUGGCGAUUGAUGCGUGAAAAAAUUCUCCAUGAUGGUAAUUUAGAAAUGAAGGGAGCAUUAGAAGC